AUGGCGAAAGCGGACUCGACGAAAGAACAGAUUCAAACGGUCCCGAAGCAGACAGUAUCCACGACGACGCUCAACAUUACCGAUUUGGAGUCGCAAAUGGAAGCCUUGGGCGUUUCGUGCUGGGACUUUGCUUACCCGACCGGCAGAUGCUCGCUUCCUCCCGUCAAGAACUGCUGCUUCACCUCGGAACCAAAGUGUUCUUCUCGGAAAGCGAGAGUGGAGCAUAAAUCAAAGCACCAAGAGCGUCUUGUCGCCGGUGGUGCCACUACAGAGACGGUGCUGUCAGCACUGCAGGCAGACCCAGCAGACGAUCGCCAAUGUUCGACGACCACGAAGUCGCGAUCGCAGCACCACCACCACCAUAGCAGCAAAGGCCACAAGAACUCUAGCAAGCACCAACACCGCAGCAGCAACCCGGAACUACGAACCUACCUCCUCUCCUGCCCGACGGUAGCCUCGAUUAUCUACCCGCAGACAUACACGACCAUCUCCACCCUGCUGCUGACGCCACAAACACAACUCGUCCUCCUGGUCCCACAAUCCAACAUCGUGUGCCCCAAGGUCUGCGAGCUGAUGCGCCUGCCACGCGCGGGGAGCAGCGGGAUCCGCAUCCUGCCCGUGCCGGCGGAGAUCGAGAUGCGCGCCAUCUGCGACGAGGAGAGCGCGAAUGGGAGCAGCUUGCCCGUCUCCAUCGCCGACGUGCUGGCCGUCGAGGAGGUCGUUACCAAGAUCGUCAAGAAUACCCCGGCCAAAGCAUUCGACGGGUAUAUCGCGUUCGAGGACGAUCGGGCCGCGUGGACAUUUCUGGACCGUGUCGGAAAGGGCGUCAAGAGUGCAUCGAGGAAGGCCUGA